GUAGGCAGCCAGCCUACUGCCAGCGGUUACAUGCUCUGCCCAGUCCGGUUUGUGCAUCCACCGGGGCUGGCGGUGGGAGGACGUCGGCUCUGACUGCAGCACCGAUGCAGAGAGGGAGACCAGGGAUGAGAUAGAGAAUAACAAGGAGCUGCACGGCAGAAGCCCGCCACCCCCGCCCGCAGCAGGAGCCUCCUGCGCGGACAGGCUGCAGGGAGGUGCCGGUGGAGUUUCUGCGCACACACCUCCGGAGAGGGCCGAGGUGUCUCUGCAGCGACGCAGCUUUUCAGAGGGAUAUACCGCCUCGAUACGUGACUGCGAGCCCAAAACUGCCGAGGCUCGGGAUCUGAGAGGGCGGGGAGGGGUAGGGGGGGGGCCCUAAGGCGGCACCCCGCCCGUCCUGUCUCAUUUGGACUGCAGGGAUAACGACCUAAACCGUGAUAUCCCCGCGCAGGAACCGCUGAGCAGGUGUUGGUGGCGGCGCUGUCCUCCUCCGCACACCGCUGUCUUCUACCCGCACCUCUGCGCCAAAGGCUCCCGUUGCCAUUGGAUAACAUGACAUAAGAGCGGCAAAGACUGCGACUGUUGUUGGAUAUCUUCUAAUUCAACAGUUGUUGUUACGAUGCGAGGACCAGAAGGGCCGAUGAUAGGAGCCUCUGUGGGGAAGCAAUCAAGACACUUCCUCUAAAGCCCCCCCCCCACAUGUUUCCAGCCAAGACCGCCUCUUCAGACCAGCUCUCUCUGAGCCAACAGGGAUAAAUCAGUAGACCACAAUGUGUCUUCACUUUGAGGACCAACCCAAUCGAUAAGAAGUUCCUGCCCAUCUCUGCAUCUUCUUGGCCCUUCUCAGAAGUUUUUUUUAAUUCCUUGUAGUUGUCUCUUCACCCAUCGGACAACAUGCGUCCUUCCCUCGCCACGGCAGUCCUACCCCCCAGGACCCGUUCCCACAAUCCCCCCACCCUCGCCGUCGGGGGCCGUGAACACGUGGCGGCUCCCCGAAGACGCAGCCCCCACCUCCGGCACACGCUCAGCCCGGAGAACCUGCGGACCCUGGCGGAGAGGGGCGGGGCCAACGUAGACAACGUCUCCGUUAUCAGCAGUCCGAUUGGGCUCCCUCGGGCCAACAGUGACACGGACCUGGUGACGUCCCACAGCCGGUCCUCGCUAACAGCGUCCACUCUGGAGUACACGCUGAACCGAGGCCAGAACCUGGUCAUAUCCUGGGACAUCAAGGAGGAAGUGGAUGCUACCGACUGGAUCGGGCUGUACCACAUCGAUGAAACCAGUCCCUCCAACGUGUGGGACUGUAAGAACCGAGGGGUGAACGGCACCCAGAAGGGUCAGAUCGUCUGGAGGCUGGAGCCCGGGGCCUACUUUAUGGAGCCUGAGACUAAGAUCUGUUUCAAGUACUACCAUGGAGUCAGCGGAGCCCUGAGAGCCACGACCCCCUGCAUCACUGUGAAGAAUCCUGCAGUCCUGGUGGAGGGCCUGUCAGAGCAGGUAGGCAUCGAACAUCCACGGAAACUGAUCAGCUUCACGUUGACAGAUCUGCGUGCUACCGGCCUAAAGAAGGGGAUGUUUUUCAAUCCGGACCCAUACCUGAAGAUGUCCAUCCACCCGGGGAAGAGGAGCGUCUUCCCCAUCUUCAGCCACCACGGACAGGAACGCCGAUCAGCCAUCAUCGCUAACACCACCAACCCCGUCUGGCAUGGAGAGAAAUACACGUUUGUAGCGCUAAUGACGGACAUCCUGUACAUCGAGGUAAAGGACAAAUUUGCGAAAAGUCGACCGAUCAUCAAACGCUUCCUUGGUCAGCUCACUAUCCCCGUGCAACGACUAAUUGAAAAAAUACCCGGGGUCCAGCCUGUGAGCUUCCCCCUGUGUCGGCGCCUGCCUACUGAACACGUUAGCGGCCAUUUGCAGUUCAAGUUGGAGCUCACUUCGACUGGACCUGAUGGUGCCUCUCCUGAGUCCAUCAUUGGCAUUUCAUCCUUGAACGGAGCUCCAGGGACUCCAUCCGAUGAUGAAGACAUGCCCCAUCAUCUUCCAGGAGUGGUCUCUUCAGGCCCCUCUCCUACCGGUUCCCAGGGCUCCCAAGGCAUGUGGGAAGGUGGAGCCAUGGCCUUCCCAGAAAAGGACCUGCCUCAUGUUGGAGCCCGGGGUAGAUUUGUUGAGCAUGAAAGUCUAUCUUGCCAUGAAAUGCUCCAGAGGUCCCUCAGUGAGGGCCUGGCUGCUAUCGAGGCCCCCAAAGGCCCCGGUGAGAGACCCCUGGGAGCGGCCUCACCUAAACUGCGCUCCAGCUUUCCCACACACACGAGGCUCAGCGCCAUGUUGCACAUUGAUUCGGACGAGGACGAUGAAAGGUCCGGUGCCAAUGACGUUGUUCCGGUGCCGCUGUCGCCGCUGCUGAUGAACGGAGAACCUUUAGAUGUAGGGGGCCCAGAUGAAGAGGAUCCGUUUCCCGAGGUCCACCAGAAGCCAGAGCAGCUGGGGCCCGUAGUGCUGGAGGAGCCCGAGGGUGCAGGUCUUAGGACAGAAGAAGUGCCCCCUGAGGCCGAGGUGGCACUGGAGAUGGGGGCAGGUCUGGAUUUGGAGGAUGUUCUGGAGCUGGACGUCUUUUCCGAAGUGGAUGAGGCUCCUUUCACGGAGGCGUUGUCCCAUGAUGCUUUGCCAGAGGGUGAGGCGCAUGAGGAAGGAAGGGAGCAUGGUGAGGACCCCUCUUCAGAGAUGGACACCUGUUCCAUGGCAACAGCUCCACAGACAGUAUUCUCAUCAUCAGAGAGCUGUCCAAUCACAGCGACUACUGCUGUGGACGCGGAGGAGGGAGCGGAGGCAGCCAUAGAUCCCGGGGGAGACGUGGUUCCCGGGACCCCACCGACUACUACUCCAGCUGUACGCGACGAAGGGGGGGGGCAGGUGGCUGUCACCGAGGCCGCCCCCCCAGCCGGCGAGCACGUGGUGGUGGUCGCAGAGAUCACCAUGAGGAGGCUGAGCCUGCAGGCCGCCGGGGGCGGGGCUGCAGAACAGGAAGUGGCGGAGACGAAGCCACGCGAGGAGGCGGGCUCUGCGGACUCAGAGCAAGUCACCACGGAAACAGAUGGAGAGGAAGGCGCUCACGUUAACGGCCAUCCCGUCCGCUCGCUCCCGUCUGUGCGUCACGACAUCCACCGAUACCAACGCGUUGACGAGCCUCUUCCUCCCAACUGGGAGGCUCGGAUCGACAGCCAUGGGAGGAUCUUCUUCGUGGACCACGUGAACAGAACCACCACGUGGCAGCGUCCCACCGGACCCCCGGCGCCGCAGGGCCUGACCCGCUCCAGCUCCAUUCAGCAGAUGGAGCAACUCAACCGCAGGUACCAGAGCAUCAGGAGGACCAUAACCAACAGCGAGCGCUCCGAGGAAACCCCCGUGGACCUGAUCCCUGAACCAGAAAGCGAGCUGAUGCCUCACUCCAUUUCGGAGUACCGGCGGGACAGCGCCGUGGCUCACACCAGCGGGCGCUCGCGCCUGUCCCUGCUGCUCCAGUCGCCCAGCGCCAAGUUCCUGUGCAGCCCCGACUUCUUCACCGUGCUGCAUUCAAACCCCAGUGCCUACCGCAUGUUUACGAGCAACACCUGCCUGAAGCACAUGAUCAGUAAGGUGCGUCGGGACGCUCACUACUUUGAGCGCUACCAGCACAACCGCGACCUGGUCACCUUCCUCAACAUGUUCUCCAACAAGCAGCUGGAGCUUCCCCGGGGCUGGGAGAUGAAGCACGACCACACGGGAAAGCCCUUCUUCGUGGAUCACAACUGUCGCUCCACGACCUUCAUCGACCCUCGGCUACCCCUCCAGAGUUCGCGGUCCACGGGGCUGCUGGCCCACCGCCAGCACCUGAGCCGCCAGCGCAGCCACAGUGCUGGGGAGGUGGUGGACGACUCCCGCCAGGCCAACCCGCCCAUCAUGCCCCGCCCGUCCAGCACCUUCAGCGGCUCCAGUCGAAGUCAGUACCACGACGUGGUUCCUGUGGCCUACAAUGACAAGAUAGUGGCGUUUCUACGGCAACCCAACAUCGUGGAGAUCCUGCAGGAAAGGCAACCGGAGCUCGCCAGGAAUCAUUUGCUCAAAGAAGUGCAGUUCAUUCGCAGCGAGGGAGUCACGGGGCUGGCCCGCCUCUCCAGCGAUGCUGACCUGGUCAUGCUGCUGAGCUUGUUCGAGGAGGAGGUGAUGUCGUACGUGCCGCCGUUGCUCCACCCGAGCCACUGCCUCUCGUCUCCUCAGAGCUCCCCCGGCACCCAGCGAGCUAAUGCCCGCGCUCCCGCUCCCUAUAAGCGAGAUUUUGAGGCAAAACUGAGAAACUUCUAUCGAAAGCUGGAGACCAAAGGCUAUGGACAGGGACCCGGGAAAGUCAAGCUCAUCAUACGCAGGGACCACCUCCUGGAGGACGCCUUCAACCAGAUCAUGUGUUACUCCCGUAAAGACCUGCAGCGGAGUAAACUCUACGUCAGCUUCGUGGGCGAGGACGGGCUGGACUACAGCGGACCCUCCAGAGAGUUCUUCUUCCUGGUGUCCAGAGAACUGUUCAACCCGUACUACGGCCUGUUUGAGUACUCGGCCAACGACACGUACACGGUCCAGAUCAGCCCCAUGUCGGCCUUCGUAGACAACCACCAUGAAUGGUUUCGCUUCAGUGGGCGUAUCCUGGGCCUGGCCCUGGUCCAUCAGUACCUGCUGGAUGCCUUCUUCACCCGACCUUUCUACAAGGGACUCCUUCGCAUAUUACAGAGCGAGAGCUGAAGCCAGGCGGGGCCGGCAUCCCGGUGUCAGAGAAGAACAAAAAGGAGUACAUCGAGCGAAUGGUGAAGUGGCGAAUAGAGCGAGGGGUGGCCCAGCAGACGGAGAGCCUGGUCCGAGGCUUCUACGAGGUACAUGAGUGUAUGAUUGUGAGUAUUUUUGAUGCCAGGGAGCUGGAGCUGGUGAUCGCAGGCACUGCAGAGAUCGACUGGCGGACGGGGAACAACACCGAGUACAGAGGAGGUUACCAUGACAACCACAUAGUGAUUCGCUGGUUCUGGGCCGCUGUGGAGAGGUUCAACAACGAGCAGAGGCUGAGACUACUGCAGUUUGUGACCGGCACCUCCAGUAUUCCCUAUGAGGGAUUUGCCUCUCUACGGGGGAGUAACGGACCCCGCAGAUUCUGUGUGGAGAAGUGGGGGAAAAUCACCUCCUUACCCAGGUAAGAUGCCUAAUGAGAUGACCAUGC